UUUCAGAAGCUACAAAGCAGCAAAUGUCAAGCAGUCCCGUCACCAUGGCGGAUGAGAACUCGAACCCGAGUUCGAAAAUCGAUGGGGCAGCCCCCAGGAGCCGGUCGCCGCACCGGCGACAACCACACCACUCUCGGAGCAGCAGCAACAACAUCAGCAGCAGCCUCCACAGUCGGUUGAGGAGAAGAAGGAGAAGCCGAAGCCAGAGGAAGCAGCUCCAGUGGCAGCAGCAGCAACUCCGAUUGCGGAAGGAACAGCAGAACCAGUCGAGAAGAAGGACGAGCUCAUGCCAGAAGCUCCAGCUCCAACGCAGCAAGCUGAAGGAUUUGGAAUCAAUUCCCUUUUUGACGGUCUCCGUACCGGUUCUCUCUCCCCCCCUUCCACAUUCGUCCAAUUCAGAGUAUGAAUUCGCGUACGAUCCUAGUUUGAAUCCAAGUGAUUCACAUCCUAUGGGAAGUAAUACGGUCUCUGAACCGGCAAAUGUUCCAUUCCAAAAUCUUUUGCAACCAGGUUUAGAGGGAAUGGAAGUUGUCCAGCAAGAAGAGGAUAUGGAUAUUGAUGAAGAGUUACUUCUCGGACCAGUCGCAGAGGAGGAACCGAGAGGUUACGUUCCACCUGUUCGUGAACGUCAUCGGUUUUGGCAGCAAGGCACUUGAGAGGACAAGGUAUGUUAAAUGAAGAUUUAAUUAACCCUACGCUCUCCGCAGCGGUCAAACUUCCUUAUACUUCUAUUCCAAAAGAGAUGACUAUUCUCCGAGUUUUCAUGAACAUUCAUGAUCCACAGUUAGUUAUUGGAACUGCGGCUGCAAUCAAGUUGGCUUUUAGUCAAGCACCUUUCUUGGAGAUCAAAGAUCGCUUUGAUAUUACUUUCAUUGAUGAGGCCUCACAGUUAGCUCUCUACGUAUUGGGAUCGCUAGCUACGAUGCUUCCGAAGUCUCGCAUGAUUCUUGUCGGAGAUAUGCAUCAACUUCCGCCAUACAUGGAGGAAGCGCUUCCAGCUGAGCUGAAGCGAGCGGCGAUUGGAGAGCCACUUACACUUGCAGUUAAGGGAAGAAGAUGGCCGUCAAUGCAUCUUACUCGCGUCCAUCGAUGCCCGAAGAUGAUUACUGAGGUCCUCGGAGAUCUGUUUUAUGGAAAUACUCUGACUUCUUCGAAGCCAGGCGUCACCGACAUUCCAGUGCUGAAGGCAAUGGGACUCCCGAGCCGACAUCCAAUGGUCUUCGUCAACUACACGUCACCGCAGACAGCUGUCGGAAAGAGUUUCUCGAACGAAGGAGAAGCUAGAUAUGCGCUCCAACUGGUCGAAGCACUCACUCGAUACGCGAGCACGGCGAAUAAGAAGAUCACCGCCGCCAUUCUAAACUUCUAUGGAGCUCAAUACUCCUACGUGUACUCCAUGGCCGAAGACGAAGUGACCGUCAACACCAUCGACGGAUGUCAAGGACAGGAAUAUGACGUCACAAUCGUGCUUCUCACAAGAUCCGAUCCUUAUGAGCGAUCAAAAUUCCUGGUCAAUGCCAACAGGAUCAACGUCGCGCUGAGCCGCCCGAAGAUCGCCACAGUCAUCAUUGGUCAACGCCACCUGACAGGAAAUCAACCGGACCCAAGACAGCCGAAACGCGGAAGACAUCAGCGAGUUUGCAACUGGGCCCGUCUCAUCGAGAAGCUUCCAAAGGAAUGUUUCGUCGACGCCAAAGAUCAAGUCAUCGCUCAGGAAGAUCGGUCAGAAGUCAGUCACGCAUUGGAUCCUACGCGUUCAUUGUUACCAGCCCAUCGGCACAUCUUCGGAUCCAACCGUGCACAAGAGCCGAACGCUAUCGCAGCGUCAAUUCCUCAAUAACCGAGUUAUUUCGCCUACUCUAUGCCCACAAACUUCCCCCUACCGUAACCCUGUGUGUGUGUGCGCACGCAAGUGUGCGCGCGCGCGCGGGGGAGCGCGCACCUUGUUUACGCCUUCUGGACCUUUCUGCGGAGGAAUCCAGGGCUCCGCCCUGCCACCGCAGAGGGGUAUAUAAGACGGCAUUUCUAUCACUCGAGAUCUUCUUUUACUUUCUUGUAUCCCCCUUUUACCUGUCCCUCCUGUUAUUCUUUCUUCUGUCACCCACUCUGUGGGGGGUUUAAUUAAUAUAAUAAAUGUAUUCUUUAGC